UCAGCGUUCACGGCUAAUCAGUUAACAAAGGACAAUACACAAAUUGCUGACCUAAGUGAUCAAUGCCGACCAACCAAACCGGCAGAAUGGUUCACCCAACUUUAUGAGAAUCAGUGGACCGAUGUAUUUGAAAUAUUGGACAAGAACGAGAAAGAGGAACGUGAAAUAAUCAACAUUAUUUCUGAUACUAUUAAGCAAGCAGAUAUAUUCUGUGAAAAAGAAAAGACCGACAUGACUGAGCGCAUCCUUGUUUGCGUCGCUUAUGAAAUAAACAACCAAAAUAGAAGCGCAAUAGACCGUUCACAAAACUCCAGUCAAGCCAGUAAGUUUACUGGCAUGGAAGAGACAAAACAAGCCGCCGAAAGGUAUAUCAAAUGCAUGAUGAAGGCUCUCGCUUUGCAGUCAAGUCAGCAUACAGCUAAGGUUAAAGUUGGAACAAGUUUUUUUUUCUGGACAUUGACAACGACCGGAAUGAAGCGUCUGCUGUUGUUCAGAACAACAUGCAUCUUUCUGACGAUUGGGAUGUCGAGAUGGUGGCGACAGAAGUUUAGCUUAGGAAUAAUCCACACAAGGGAAGCUCUAAAUGUCUGCUCAGAAGAGGACAUAGCAAGCUGCCACCAUAUAUACAGCAUUGAUAAUGGGGUGGCAACUCAAUACUGUUCUUCAUCGAAAGCAGAAGCGGAUCAUCUUUGUUUACAAAGUGAGAUUCCACAGGUUAGGCUUUCCAUGCCACUUGCCCCUGAAGACAUGUUAUGAUUCUAACAACAAAGUGCAUUUCAUUUAAUGUAGGUAGAUAUUUUGUGUACUGUGAACUUUUUGUAGUGGUGCGAUGUUUUAUAUCUUCCAUUUUUACCAGCUUGAUCUAUUUUGUCCUAUUAUAUUUAAAGUUUAAGUUUUGACAUUUUGUAUUUGAUUUGUUUUAGUUUUUAUCUGAGCAUCUGUAAAUUAGAAAUAAAUGAUAUGAAUAUC